AGUCGACGUCGUCGAGGGUCUCGCCCGCUUCAAGAUGGGCGCAUAUAAAUACAUGCAGGAGAUUUACAGGAAGAAGCAGAGUGAUGUUAUGCGCUUCUUAUUGCGUCGUGCCUGGCAGUAUCGGCACUUAAACAAGCUACACCGUGCUCCCAGACCCUCUCGUCCUGAGAAGGCCCGUAGGCUUGGCUACAAGGCUAAAACUGGCUAUGUGAUUUAUCGCAUUCGUGUUCGUCGUGGUGGUCGCAAGCUCCCAGUGCCCAAGGGUGCCACAUAUGGUAAGCCCAAGAGCCAUGGUGUGAAUCAGCUGAAGCCAACCCGCAACUUGCAGUUUCUAGCUGAGGAACGAACUGGGCGAAGACUUGGUGGUCUGUGUGUGCUGAACAGCUACUGGGUUGCCCAAGACUCUACAUUCAAAUAUUUUGAAGUGAUUUUGGUUGACACUCGUCAUAAUUCCAUUCGGAAGGAUGCUUCAAAGAACUGGUUGUGCAAGCCUACACAAAAGCACAGAGAAAUGCGUGGAAAGACUUCGGCAGGCCGCAAGCACCGUGGUCUGGGACGUGGUUACCGCUACUCUCAGACGAAGGGAGGAUCACAUCGUGCUGCCUGGUUGAGGCGCAAUACUUUGUCUUGACGCAGAAAGCGUUAAUUAUUUUGGAUUAUAAGAGAAAUAAAGAAAAAAUCGAAAAAAAA